AUGUCUUAUGACCGAUACCUGGCCAUAUGCCACCCUCUGCGUUAUACCACCAUCAUGACCACCAAACUUCAACAUUCCUUGGUAAUAUAUUGCUGGGCGUUUGGCUUUCUGCUCACCCAAAUUACUCUUAUCUUUCUAUGCCAACUUCAGUUCUGUGGACCCAACGUCAUUGACCAUUUUUUCUGUGAUGCUGUUCCUUUUGUUGAGCUUUCAUGCACUUACAAUUAUGCUCUACAGUUAGAGAUUGUGAUUAUUGACAUCCCGAUAGUUAUCAUCCCAUUUAUAUUAGUAGUAAUUAGUUACAUCUGUGUUUUCACAACAAUUCUCGGAAUCUCUUCUACAACAGGUAGGAAGAAAACCUUCUCCACUUGCAGCUCCCACCUCACCGUUGUGACCAUGUUCUAUGGAACCUUGAUCACUAUUUACUUGGUUCCAGCUAACAGAGACUUCUUGACCGUGAACAAGUUGAUAGCCCUGUUGUACAUUGUGGUAACACCUCUUUUUAACCCAAUCAUAUACAGCUUGAGGAAUCAAGAGAUCAGGGACAUCAUGGGGAAUUUAUUUCAGAUUAGCUGCCCUUGUGUAAAGAAAAAGAUGUGUAAAAUGUUAUAA